AAUAAAAAUACUUUGUUAGUGUCUCGCUAUCCGUCGGGACGGGUCGUCUCUACUUUGCUGUACCAAAUAAAUUACAUAAAUAAUUUGCACUUAUAUUAUCUUGUGGAGCGGCCCGAUUCCAAUCCCGGCAUUUAUAAGUACUUAUUAAAUUAAAUUUCAAAUCAUGUUACACUUAAAGAGUAUCGCCAAAACUGUCGUACCGCCACUGAAAAAUGCUGUUCAAAAUGAAGCUGUAAAUACUUCGAUAAAGCUCGUGCCCGCAAUUGCAAACGUGAGCUGCCGCAACUAUGCAAGCCAUGAAAUUCCAGACAGACUUAAAGAUAUUCCCACUAGUGCAAAUCCAAGAUUUUUCGACAUGGUGGAAUACUUUUUCCACCGAGCCUGUCAAGUAAUCGAAGAUAAGUUGGUAGAAGAUAUGAAAUCGAGGGUUACCAUCGAAGAGAAGAAGAAAAAGGUAGCCGGAAUUUUGAAGCUUAUGCAGCCCUGUGACCACAUCAUCGAGAUCCAGUUUCCGCUCAGACGUGACUCUGGUGAUUAUGAAAUGAUCCUAGGAUACCGGGCUCAGCAUUCGUCCCACAGAACACCAACCAAAGGAGGUAUUCGAUUCUCAACUGAUGUCACCAGGGAUGAAGUCAAGGCUCUGUCUGCUCUGAUGACAUUCAAGUGCGCCUGCGUCGACGUGCCGUUUGGCGGUGCUAAGGCCGGUAUCAAGAUCAACCCCAAGGAGUACUCCGAACAUGAACUGGAGAAGAUCACACGACGAUUCACCCUCGAGCUGGCCAAGAAGGGAUUCAUUGGGCCCGGCGUUGAUGUGCCAGCCCCGGACAUGGGUACCGGCGAGCGCGAGAUGUCGUGGAUCGCUGACACGUAUGCUAAGACCAUCGGCUACCAGGACAUCAACGCCCACGCCUGUGUCACCGGAAAACCCAUCAACCAGGGUGGAAUUCACGGCCGUGUCUCGGCUACCGGCAGAGGUGUUUUCCACGGUCUUGAGAACUUCAUCAACGAGGCCAAUUACAUGAGCAUGAUCGGCACGACCCCCGGCUGGGGCGGCAAGACGUUCAUCGUGCAGGGCUUCGGUAACGUCGGCUUGCACACGUGCCGGUACCUCGUGCGCGCCGGCGCCACCUGCAUCGGCAUCAUCGAGCACGAUGGCUCCAUAUACAACCCCGACGGCAUCGACCCUAAGGCCCUGGAGGACUACCGCAUCGAGAACGGCACGAUCGUGGGCUUCCCCGGCGCUAAGCCGUACGAAGGCGAGGACAUGCUGUACGAGAAGUGCGACAUCCUCGUGCCGGCCGCCAUCGAGCAGGUCAUUCACAAGGAGAACGCGCACAAGAUCAACGCUAAGAUAAUCGCGGAAGCGGCCAACGGUCCCACCACGCCCGCCGCUGACAAGAUCCUGAUCGACCGCAACAUCCUCGUCAUACCGGACUUGUACAUCAACGCCGGUGGUGUCACCGUCUCCUUCUUCGAGUGGCUGAAGAACCUCAACCACGUGUCGUACGGCCGUCUCACCUUCAAGUACGAGCGCGAGUCCAACUAUCAGCUGCUUGAAUCCGUGCAAGAGUCCCUGGAGAGGCGUUUCGGUCGCGUCGGCGGGCGUAUCCCGGUCACACCCUCAGAGUCCUUCCAGAAAAGGAUCGCCGGUGCCUCCGAGAAGGACAUCGUGCACUCCGGCCUGGACUACACCAUGGAGAGGUCCGCUAGGGCUAUAAUGAAGACAGCAUUGAAGUUCAACCUGGGUCUAGAUCUGAGAACGGCCGCAUACGCUAACUCCAUCGAGAAGAUAUUCACCACGUACGCCGACGCCGGCCUCGCGUUCUAAACUCACACGAAUUUAAGUAUUGUAUGCAUUUUAAACACUUAUAGUCCCUUUAACUCGUAAGUAUAACUUUUAAGACAUUAUAUUCACAGUAUUUUUUCUUCUCUUUUUGUUGAAAUCGAUCAUGGCUUAUAGAAUUUAUUUAUAAGUGAAGCAUUGUUGAACUAAGUAAAAGUGAAUUUUUCAAGUGUAUUGUCUUGAUUUUCGAAAUAAAUUGUUUUACUGUU